AGCACGCGCCCGACCAUGGAGCCGACACCGCUGAGCGAAUCAGUCGCGAGCAUUCGAGCCCGGCCGACGCGCGCCCUCCCCUCACCCACCAACCAACCAACCAACCAAUCCCUCCACUCAAAGCAAAGCCUCGAGGCGGAGUCCGUCCUACUGCAUCCAUCGCGUCACACACCGGCCCGGGACUACAGCCCGAAAAGCACGGCGCAACCACUCUUUGACCUUUGCCCCGUGAUCACACCACACCAUCUCCCAUCCACUGUGCCGCUGCCGUCCCCAUUUCCACCCUCGAUCGCCCUCCGGUCUGCUCGUCGACCGCCUCGCGCUUUCUUCAUGUCCAGGGAGCGGCGGUUGCCGCUCGUCCUGGCCCUGGCGGCGGCGGUGGUGGGCGUCCUCGCGGUUGCGUCGCCGCGGGCGGAGGCGGAGCUGCAGGUCGGGUUCUACAAUGCGACGUGCCCGAUCGCGGAGGGGGUGGUGUUCGCGGAGAUGCACGCCAUCCUGCACGAGGACCCCACGCUGGCGCCCUCGCUGCUCCGGAUGCACUACCACGACUGCUUCGUCCAGGGCUGCGACGGCUCCAUCAUGCUCAGGUCCCGCCGGGGCACGGCGGAGCGGGACGCCACCCCGAACCGGAGCAUGCGGGGCUACGACGCCAUCGAGCGGAUCAAGGCCAGGCUCGAGACGCUCUGCCCGCUCACCGUCUCCUGCGCCGACAUCAUCGCCAUGGCCGCCAGGGACGCCGUCUACCUGAGCAAGGGGCCGUGGUACGGCGUGGAGACCGGGCGGCGGGACGGCAACGUGACGGUGGCCGAGUACGCGGAGAACGACCUGGCGCCGCCGGACUCCAACAUCGUCGACGUCAAGACCUUCUUCAGCGUCAAGUCCCUCACCGCCAAGGACAUCGUCGUCCUCUUCGGGAGCCACAGCAUCGGGACCUCCCACUGCGAGGCGUUCCGGAAGCGGCUCUACAACUUCACGGGCGCCAUGGACCAGGACCCGUCGCUGGACGCCCGGUACGCGAGGCAGCUGAGGAAGCUCUGCCCGCGCCGCGGCGGCGGCCGGGGCAGGAGGGCCAAGGUGCCCAUGGACCCCGGCAGCGGCUUCACCUUCGACCUCAGCUACUACCGCCACGUGCUCGCCACGGGGGGCCUCUUCCAGUCCGACGGCAGCCUCCUCCACGACCCCGCCACCAGGGGCUACGUCGAGAGGAUGGCCAACGCGUCGUCGCCCGACGAGUACUACCAGGACUUCGCGGCGGCCAUGGUCAAGAUGGGCCGCACCGACGUGCUCCCCGACAGCCUCGGCGAGGUCAGGGCCACCUGCGGCGUUUUUGUUGACUAGCCUUAGGUUCAGACAUGCACUUGCACAUGACAUACACUGGCUGAUUGUAUGAGGAUUUAUGUCUCUAUACGGUUCUCUGAUCUCCAAGCUAAUAUUAUUAACUGAAGAUGCAAGACAGUUUCAUGAGCUCUUUAGCUCAGGAGAUCAUCACUUGUAACUUGUACAAAUAAUCCACGUACUAAUAUUUAUACUGUACAAGAUCA